AUGGCGAUAUUGGUACCACGUGGUUACGGAGGUUUUCCCUCCUAUCCGUUCAGUUCACCUAAUCAGAUUGCCAAUCGAAAUUAUUAUCAUGAUAGGAACACAAGCCAAGGAGCUUAUUUUUCACCUCAUUAUCCCACUCAAACAUUUUAUCAGCCACCUUACUAUCAAGACAGACAAGCUGGUUAUGGUAAUAGACUUUCAAACUUUUUAACUGGAUUAGAUGAGCGAUAUCGAUAUGAACAAUAUAUGCGUAAAUUAGGAAAAAUAGAAAGACAGUACGCGAAGUUACACGGCUACAAUGCACAAUUGCCAAUGUAUCCACCAUCAUUCGAAACAUCAAAUUAUCAUAAUGAUCCAGUAUAUGAAUAUGAAAGAGAGAUUAGGUAUGUGCCAAUGCCACUGUUUAUGAAUUCUACGAGUAUAGGUUUUGGUACCAGUUCAAAUUUUAAUUAUGAACCAACCAGCAAUAUGAGUUUACCACCAAAGAUCAGAGUCAUUUUCAUACCAACAGGUCAAUCAUCUCUUCAGCAACCUUGCACAGGUCCCCUAGCAAUGCCACCUUUUCUUUACAAUCGCAUAUCGCAACCGUUAUGUUCAUUUCCACUACCACCACCAUUGCCACAGCUAGGAUCAUUACCACUCACACCUGCAGUUCAACAAAUGGUUGUGCAACGGUAUAGCAAUCCUGUUGCUGUAUUACCAUUUAGUUCAAAUUGGCAAACACCUCAAAUGAUGAUGUCCAGUUAUCCACAAGCAUCUUUAUAUCAACAGCAACCUAUACCAUCGAUAUCAGCUUUUCAAUCAUCUUCAAAUGCACAACAGUCUUACAUGCCUCCUUUGAUGCCAGCUUGUUCAUCUCUUCCACCUGCUUCAAAUUUACAGAUGUUACCUUCAGCUCCUAUGCAAAGUUUUCCAUCGCUUCAACCUGCUUCAAAUUUACAGAUGAUACCUUCAGCUCCUAUGCAAAAUUAUUCAUCAUUUCAACCUGCUUCAAAUUUACAGAUGCUACCUUCUGCUCCAAUGCAAGAUUUUUCAUCUCUUCCACCUGCUUCAAAUUUACAGAUGCUACCUUCUGCUCCAAUGCAAGAUUUUUCAUCAGCUGCAACUGCUCUUUCUUCGGCACCCAUAUCAGCUUUUCCAUCACAACAACCGGAUCUACAAUCAUAUGCUGCCUCAGCUCCCAUGAUGCCAGCGAAUAUGCCCGCGUCGUCACCACCGUAUGACACGGCAGCUUCAUCAUUAUCUCAAAAUAAUUUUAAUAACUCUUACCCAAGUACAUGCCGUGCGUGUCCGCCAGUACCACCUUCACUUAACGUGCCAGUUAUGGGUUAUUGCUGGGUACAACAUUGUGCUGCUUGUCAUCGCGUACCUACUCCUGUUUCUACUCCAAAUGCAAGGCCAGCAAGUGGACGAAUUACGCCAUUGCUUCGUCGUCCAACUGUACCACAAUAUAUACCCAAUCAAACAACACAACAAAAUCAAUAUCUUCAAGCACCGACAUCUGAUCUUAUGCGUCCAUGGUUACGAAAAACACCUCCACUUCCUCCAGGUGCUAUUCUCAUUUCAGAUGAAAUCAUUUGCAAAGACGAUUAUUCUGCACGAUACAAUCAUUCACCAAGAAAAUAUAGACGACACCAUCGUAGUAUUCGACACAAACAUCGAUCUACAACUGUAUCAUCAGGAACAAUAUCCACAACAAGUCCAGCAGUUGUAAAAGUUGGUAGAAGUGUAUCCCCCAAAAGAAAAAGCAAAAAUAAUAGUAAUCAAACGCGUCAUACAGUAUCCAAUAAAUCAAAUUCUCAGGUAUCAAAAACACCAUCAAGUGAUUUAACUGUCGAAUACCAAAAAGUAACAUUGCAUUCGUCAAAAGACAAAGAAAAUACAUUACCUCAGCAAUUAGCUGGUGAAGCUCGUAAUGUUAAUAUUAAAUAUAGAUACCAACCGCAGGAACUACCUAGUGUUUAUCUUCUCAAUCGUUAUCUAAAAUCAAGCAGUGAAGCAUCUACAUUAGCUUCAAAUAUGCAAGCAUCAUCCGAUUGUUCGUCUACACCUAUAAAGGAACACAGCAGCACUUCAUCACCUUUAAUGGAUUCUAUAUCUACUCAGGAAGAACCAAUUUCUGAGAAAGAAGACGAAAAAUCGAUUCCUCUUCCUUCUCAAUCAGUAAAAACAAAAGAACGAGUAAUUAUUAUACGACAAUAUAUCGCAAGUUCUCCGUCAGCCAGCAGCACUAUUUCAUCGAAUAGUGCAUUUAGUAUUAUCAAGGAAGACAAAGAAACAAUUUCAAAAGCGAGUUAA